AGUUGAUUUCAGCAGCAGCUUCCGGCCGGAGUGUUCUCCAUGUUGUUUUUUGAUGAGGCUUCAAAACAUUUAUCUUUCGCGCUUUAGGUAAUAUUUUGCUAAAGUAACGGUUUUAUUUUCUUGAUCAAUAAACGUGGUACACAAAAUUCCACGAGGAUAGUAAGUCACGAGGACAGUAAGUGAGCGUAGCUGGCUGUGGAGUUGUUUGCUAGCAGUUAGCAAACUUGUUUAUGUUUCUCGAGUCAAACAUUUCCGUUUUGACUGUUGCAUAAUUAUACAUUAGAUUGGUGUGGUAAGAUUUCGAAUGAGUUAUGGCAGACCCAGCUAGGAUAAAGACUGAAUCCAACUCGGAGAAAUCAUUGGCUGCUAGAGGAAGCCCUAAAACCGAAGACACUGAAGAAGUGCCUGUGACUUCGGAUGCAGACACCGAAUCAAAAGAUUCCUCCUCACAAUCACUCAAACGCGAACACAAACAGGACUCUGUGGGUGGAGAUGAUGAGGAUGAGGGAACCUCAGAUCAACCUGCUUCCAAAAAACUAAAAGUGGAGCCUGAGAAGAAAAAGGAGAAGCGCCAAAAGGUUGACGAGGAUGAGAUACAGAAGAUGCAGGUUUUGGUCUCAUCCUUCUCUGAGGAGCAGCUUAACCGCUAUGAGAUGUAUAGACGCUCUGCUUUCCCAAAAGCUGCCAUCAAGAGGCUGAUACAGUCCAUUACAGGAUCUUCAGUCUCUCAAAAUGUGGUUAUCGCCAUGUCUGGUAUUUCCAAGGUCUUCGCUGGAGAAAUAGUGGAGGAAGCUCUGGAUGUGUGUGAGAAGUGGGGGGACACGCCUCCCCUGCAGCCCAAGCACAUGAGGGAAGCUGUCAGGAGGCUGAAGAGCAGAGAGCAGAUCCCCAACACCAAGCACAAGAACAUCCUCUUCCACUGAGCCACUCAUGCCCUGCUGAUUAUAGAUAGAUCCAAGCGGUGAUGUAUUCACCUUUCAGAUGGUGGCAUCUUACACACCACUUUCAUGUUCAUUCUGUAUUCCAAUGUCCAUUGGUUUGGCCAUGAAGGCAAGUGCAGUAUACUGUUGUCAGGAACUCCAAAGUCAACCUUUGUGUUACAUUUGAGGGCAUUUCUUGGAUAUACUAAUGGUCAAUAAUAAAAUGACCACAGCAUCAAGGUUUGCCAAUGUUCUAAAAUAAAUUUUAUUAUUUGAGCUGUUGGUGAAGCAUGGAAGUAUCCAAAACUAGUCACUUCUAGUACUUCCUGGAAAAAAGUUGUUUCAGUUAAACCAUUUUAUUAGACCUCAGGUCAAUAAUUGUGGGCCAUAUUUCAAUAAAUAAAAGGACACAUUUGUUAAUGAUUUAUCUUCUCUUGUUAGAUGAAGACCGGUAAAGUCUCGUAAGAUGAGUUUGUGUGUGCAUGUGUCUGACAAUAAACCUGCUCACUGGCCAAUAAAUGUGUAAUACAACCA